UUUCGUGGGUGAAUACCCACUUCGUCGAAUGCAGGCACCAUAUUGAAAGCUUCGCUAAAGUCAAGAUAUAUCAUGUCCAUUGCUUUUCCCAUGUCCACAGAGCCAGUUAUCUCAUCAUAGAUAUAAUCAUAUCGUUAAUCCUUGUUCCGUAUUUCUUGCUGCCAUUGCUCCCAAAAGGAAACAGUGCCAUGAAUUGGUUCCUUGGCGUGUCUUACAUUGUUGAUAUCUGUGCUAUUGACCUGCAUGCCCUGGUUGGUGUCUUCUAAACGGUCCCUCAUUCUGACUUCUACGUAUAUGCUAAAUAGUUGGAAUUAUACAAUGCAACCAUGGCAUUUACCUCUGUAAUGCUGUAAUACGCAGUUCACACUUCGUUCGGAUUGCUGCUUUCUGUCCCCAGGACGAGCUUGUUAUUAAUUACAGAUCUUGGAAGUCAAUCCUACAUUCUUCAAGAAUAUGUAUCAUCUUGUUGUGUUGGAGCUUAUGAAAUCCCUUCCCAUACUCUACAAAGUACUUCUUUCCCACGCUAGCAUAAGAUCCUCUGGGCAAAAAUUGCCUCUCUCAUAGCCACUCCUAGGUGAAACCCUGCUGGCUUCUGCUAAUUCUUGUCUCAAGAUGUGUCCAUGUGCCAACAACUUUCCACAGAUCUGUGAGUGAGUGGCUUCUUGGGUUUAUAGUUGUAUGUUCUUCAAAGUCUCUAGCAUUAUCAAACUUCAGCAGAGGAAUACCUCUUGGAGCCCUCCAGAAGUUCUCCUGGUGUGCAUAUCUGAUUGAGAAGUUCUGGCAGCACCUAACUGAGCCCAUCUAUAAAAAGAGAGAGACAGAGAAAGAACAGAGCGAGAGACGGGUGCAGCUUUUCCACUCUGCAGAACUAACCACCGACUUCAGCCAGACACACUUUACUGCAGGGAGCUUUUGGUGGGUGCUGUGAAUAUACCAGCCACAGAGCAGGUCAGAGGUGCCGUUACUCCAGAACUGUGGCAAAUGGCUCUGUAAUUCCACCCACUCUGUCAACCGGCUCGUGCACGCGCCAUCCCUCCUCUGGCUGAAAUAAAAUCAAUCUUGUGAUAAAUCCCCUGGCAGGAGAUUUGGCUGCAUCACAGACCCCAGUGCCGACCUACUGUUUCUCCAUCACCAUGGAGGCUUCUCUUGUCAUCUGCAUCCUUGCUGCUCUCCUGGCUACGGGAGCCUCUCUGCAGUGUGAGGUUUGCGAAGGCCAAGGAACCAGCUGCAUGGGCAGCAUGCGGCCCUGCCCAGCUGGGGAGGACUCUUGUGCCAUCGCUGUGACAGUAACCACAAUGGCGGGAGUGAACACCCAGAGCAUUCACAAGGGCUGUGUGAUGUCCAGCCAGUGUAGAGCUGGCCUCAUCUCGAUGAAUUUUGGGUAUGGAAUGACAACAAGGACAAGUGUCGCCUGCUGCCUGGGAGACACCUGCAGAACAACCACAGUUGCAGUGCCCCCGGCUGACACCAAACCCAACGGCCGGCGCUGCCGCGGCUGCUACGCGUUGAACGCUGAUCACUGCAAUGAGCAAACCAUAAAUUGUACUGGAUCCGAGACCCGAUGUCUCGACGCUACUGGGACCAUAACAUCUGGUCGAAACCAAAUGCAGAUGGUCAUGAAGGGCUGCGUCUCCCAGUCCAUCUGCGACCAGCUACAAGUGGGUUUGGGAAGCGUUGCAGGUGUCAAUGAAAGUCUAACCACGGCCAAAUGCACAGUGGAAUCUGGUGCGGCGGACGGGGCUCCAGGACCAGCCAGGCUUCUCCCGGCCCUCACUGGGCUUCUCCUGCUGAAGCUUCUCUCCUGAUUCCGACCCGGUGCAAGAGCGACAUCACACUGAAAUACACCCUGCAGCUUGCGUUAGCCCCUUUCUCCCGCAGCGCUUCCCGGCUCCUGCGUGGACUCACAUCUCCCUUUAUAUUGCACUGAAUAAAACACACGGGAGAGCAAAGUC